UGAAGACUAUACAUGUGCAUAUGUGAACCAAAGAGAAAGCUGAAAAGAAACUAUUCAGCAAUGGAAAAUUCUGAGUCUGCUACUAUAGCCCACACUGAAGAAAUGGAGGAUUCGGGGGAGAGCGCGGCCGCGGCAGCUGGAUCUUCAAUGGAGGUGGCCCCCAGCUCUAUCAUUGUACCCUCCUACUAUUCUAAAGAUGUCACCGAUCCCUACGCUACCCCAGGACAAUGUGGACUGUACAACCUAGGAAACACCUGUUUCAUGAAUGCAGGCUUACAAAGUCUGCUGUCCACCACACCACUCCUGAAGUUUUUCCUGGAGCAGUUUACACUUGAAGAUUGUUCUCAGGACACACUGAUCACUAAUUUUCAUCAACUGGUCUGCAAAAUCUGGAGUGGGCGUUAUACUAUAGUAUAUCCUAGGGACUUCAAGAAUGCCCUUGCCCUUUUUCAUGUCCAGUUUCAGGAUUACAGACAGCAUGACUGUCAGGAGUUUUUGGCCCUGUUUUUGGACACACUGCACCAGCAGCUAAAGAGUAAAGAAGAGGCAGCUCAAAACAAUCUUCAGAAUGUGUCUGCAUCAGCAGAAAAAGACCAGCUCAAUAACUCUGUCAGUGCCAAGAGUGUGAGUGAUGAUGAAAGUAUGGUUACCCAAGAUGUAUCAUCAGGAUCCCUUCCUGUUCCUUUGUAUGAGGACAGUGCCAAUGUCAGCUAUGUCAUCCAGUCAGAACUUCCCUCACUUUUAAGGUCUGUUGUCAGAACAGAUUCUAGUGGUGACUUAGAAAAAUCUCAGUCAGAUAUGAAUGAACUAGAACCAAUUUUAAACAAUGCCUCAAAUCUGAAGCAACGAAUUCCCAAAAUUGAGGAGUUUUAUGCCAAAGAUACAAAAACUUUAAACACUAAUGUUUUAUCUGAGGAUUUUGAAAAAGAAGACCUAGCAACAGAUUCAGAAAAGUUUCCCAAACAGGAGCUAAAUAACCAUGCCGAUAAUGAGCUAGUCAUGCAUGCCCCUGUCGAGGCAGUGGCGAUAUCACCCAACAAGGAGGAAGCCACAAGAAAGGGACCCAAAAAUACAAACAUCCAAGCUGAGAAAAUCAACAAGAUGCAAAAAACUUGUGAAAUGGAUGCCGAAGGGGAUGGUAUUAUAAAGAAAAUGAAGUUUGAAUGUACUGAGAAAAAUUUUCAGUACAAAGCUUUGAGUAAGAUUAACAAAGACUUUGAAAUUAAUGAACAGAACUUGAAACUGGCUAGUUUUGGAAAGGAGGGGGUAAAUCUUAUAAAAGACUUAGGAAUUCUGGGUAGUUUGGACAAAGACAUGUGUGACAGUAUUAUGAGGAGGACUCACCUGCUUGUAGAAGACACCUGUCCACCAUGUGCUGCUCCAGAUGGGGACCAUCUCAGAACAGCUGGAGAAAUGAAGCAGAAAAACAGUGAGGACUUUGUGCAGAGUAUGGAUGUACAAGUCUCCAAAAAUGUGAAGACAAAGAAAACUCAGCUGUCUGAAAACAGCUGUAAAAAAAUUAAAUGUGAAAUUAAACAUGAAGGUAGCCCAGCUGAUUCCAUUUUAUCAACUGAUAAUGAAGAAGAUAAAGAGGAGGGGGGAUUUCAGAAUAGUGAGGCUACAGAGGUGGAUCUACUGGAGCGUGAUGAGGAAGUACAAGUUGAUCCUGAGGAAGAAGCAGCAGAGAAAGCCUGGGAGAAUUAUAUCAGGGACAAUCACAGUAUCAUUGUCAGCACAUUCCAAGGGCAGUUCAAGUCCACAGUGGUUUGCUCUGAGUGUAACCAUGUAUCAGUGACCUUUGAACCCUUCAUGUAUCUCUCUGUACCAUUGCCACAUGCAUCUGACAGGCAGUUAUGUGUUCUCUAUGUCCCUCUGGAAGGAUCUCCAAUGCGAUACCUUAUAACUCUACAAAAGUCUGACAAAAUAAACAAAGUGAAGGAAGAACUGAAGACACUGAUUGGUCGUCCUACUAGUGACAUCAUCAUGGCCGAGACACUGGAUCAUCACAUCUCAAGAAUUCUGGAGGACAGUGUUAUGAUACAGUAUGUAAAUGAGGCCUCCCGAGUGGUGUAUGCCUAUGAGAUGCCUCCCUGCCCUGUCAUCACAAUUGAUGUACAGGAUCCUCCCCAAUGUCUGGAUUUCUCCUCUUUACAAGACCAAUCUAAAGAAUACAGUGUUACACACACUGUUACAGAGGGUGACAUCUUUAGCAGCAUGGGCACAUUCUCAAAGCGAGAUGUCAGUGAUAUAAAUAGAUACAUGCAGUCAUCGGAUACAACCGGAAAGUUUAAGGAUGCUGAAAGUGAAUCUCACCUCAGGGGGUCAGAGUCUUGGGGUGCUUCCACGGGAGGUGACUUUGAGAGUACCACAGCUCUAGGGGAGUGGACUGAUUCCAAAAUUUCUGACAACUGGGGCAGUAGCCAAGGAGUGAGUAAAUGGACACAGUCUGAUUCUGAUGACCUUCGUAAGAGCCUUAAUGAGGUCAUGGUGGAUGUGCCAGGAGCUGGUAUGUGGAACCAGAAUUUUUCGGCAGGUCAUAGUUCCCCGGUUCACAAUACCAGCUGGUUGGACGGAAGUUGUGAGGUGGAUGGGACGUCUAACACAGCUUCUGGUUGGGAUCUCACCCACACACUGCCAGUUGAUGACACCUUGAUGAAAAGUGACCAGUUACCAGAGAGUGUUACUUGGGAUUCCGGUGAAAACAUGUCAGGUGCAGGUUGGGACUCUGGUGCAAUACCAGCACAAGCUACUGUGGUGGCAGACAAAUGGAAGUCCUGUGCAAUUUGUUUAGAGGAGCUAGAGGACAGUGAACUUCUGUCUCACACAGGCUGUGGAGGGACGUUCUGUCAAAUCUGUCUGGAGAUGUCUAUUAAGCACUAUGGGGAGGAGAGUUAUGUUUGUCCGGUGUGUUCUACUGCUGCUGUUCUGACUAAAGACUUCUGUCCUGUGGAUGGAGGAUCAUCUUCAACACAAAAUUUACGGCUGUUGGCUGUUCCCGUCUCCCUAAGAGAUGAAGUUGGUUCUUGUGCUAAAUUAGUAGGACACCCUAGACUUGUUUACUUAUACAACACAAUGAGCGGUGCUCAGUUGUAUGAGUGUAUACUCAACUUGUUUCCGGUGUUGGCUCAGUGUACUAUUGUAUUAACAGAUGGACAGGGAUUGCGCUGUUCACGGUGCCAGUAUUCUGACCAAUGUCAGGGGUGUCCCAUCUCGAGGGAUUCCCAGAUACACCUGCGCCCAGGUGAUUGUCUGUCUGUCUGUCUGAGUGGACUAUCACAGACCUGUAUAAAUGACCUGGAGGGCUUUCUAGACCAUGAAACAAUGGAAAACCUGCGACCAGAAAAAUCUCUUUCGAUUUACGAUUGUCUACAAGCUUUCACUGACAGUGAAGAUCUGGAUGAACACAACCCUUGGUAUUGUCCUCGAUGCCAAAGGAACCAGUGUGCAAAGAAAACUAUAACUGUCUGGCAGUACCCAGACACGCUCAUUCUACACCUUAAAAGGUUUGUGUAUCAUGACUUAUCAAGUAACAAAGUAGAUGCAGAGGUUAUAUUCCCCCUGGAGGACCUCAAUCUAUCCCAGUAUACAUCAGGACCUGACUCAGGAAGUUUGACCUAUGACCUCUACAGCAUUGUCUGCCAUUUUGGGGGUGCCAAUGCAGGUCACUAUACCACUUUUGCUAAGCAUCCUCUGAAUGGUCAGUGGUUUUAUUACAACGACGAAUCUGUAUCCCACCAGACACCCAAAAAGGAGGAUUAUAAGAAUGCCUACAUAUUGUUUUACAACAGACAAGGUACAGAUGUUAAGUUUGAUUUGCCUAAAAUUCCAAUGGACCAAUCAAGUUUACUGAGAGAAACUCCGAACAACAGAUCUCGACCAGCAGCAACAUCCAUUCCAUUGAAUUCAGGGCAGCCAUUAGUUUAUGGACCGUUAAAUAUUGAUCAAAUAUCUGAUGAUCUCAAGAACCAAACUGACUAUGAUGAACUGGAAUACUCUUCUCCAGAUGAGAAGAAAAUGAUGGAGUAGAGCUGUCCAGUUUUUAAAUUCUUCUUUGUUAUUUGUUUUGUUUAUGCAUGUAUUGUCUAUUUGUGUGCCAGCAGUUGAACACAGUUUUCCUUUAACAAUUUAUUUUCCUGGCAAAGCAUUUGUUACAUGACAGUGCUUCAGGUUAAAAAGAAAAGGCUGACUAUGAACUGUGACCUCAAUAUUUAUGUUGUUGAACAAUGUAAUAAAGAGAUUAUUGACUUGAA